GAUGCAGGGGGCUGAGCUCCGGGAUGGCGAGGCGGCGGCGGCGGCCGCUUCGUACCGUGUCUUGAGCCGUCUCCUCGGCUACGGAGAGACGGCCCCUGAGCCAGGCCCGCCGCAGCCGCAGCCGCAGCCGCAGCCGCAGCCGCCGCCGCCGCCCCCGGGCCAUGGCCCUCCGCCGCCGCCUUUCCUCGCGCGGCCCGGCCCGCGGGGUUCCCGGCCGCCGCAGCUGAUGGUGUUCCGCAACGUGGGUCGGCCGCCCGAGGAGGAAGACGCGGAGGCGGCUCCGGAACCGGGACCCUCGGAACUGCUGUGCCCCCGGCACCGUUGUACCCUGGACCCCAAGGCCCUGCCUCCGGGCUUGGCGUUCGAGCGGACCUGGGGCCCGGUGGCUGGAUUAGAGGCGCAGUUGGCGGCUCUGGGGCUCGGGCAUCCGAUGGGAUCGGGGCUCAAGACGGUCGCCGGAGGUUGCUGUCCGUGCCCUUGCCCCCCGCAGCCGUCCCCUCCGCAACCCCAGCCGCCUGCUGCCGUCCCGCAGGCCGGGGAGGACCCCACGGAAACGAGCGACGCGCUGCUGGUCCUGGAAGGCUUGGAAUCGGAGGCCGAGAGCCUAGAGACUAACAGCUGCUCGGAAGAGGAGCUCAGCAGCCCGGGCCGUGGAGGAGGAGGGGGUGGCCGGCUUCUGCUGCACCCUCCUGGCCCCGAAUUGCCCCCGGUGCCCUUCCCGCUGCAGGACUUGGGCCCUCCUGGGCGCCUGAGUCGAGGGGAGCAGCAGCUGCAGCAGCAACCUCCCCCGCCGCCGCCGCCGCCUCCCGGGCCCCUCCGGCCCCUCGCGGGUCCUUCUCGGAAGGGGUCCUUUAAAAUCCGCCUCAGUCGCCUCUUUCGCACGAAGAGCUGCAACGGUGGCUCGGGCGGUGGGGACGGGACCGGCAAGAGGCCUUCUGGAGAUCUGGCAGCUUCAGCUGCGAGCCUGACGGACAUGGGAGGCUCAGCGGGCCGGGAGCUGGAUGCGGGGAGGAAACCCAGGUUGACAAGAACUCAAAGUGCCUUUUCUCCAGUCUCCUUCAGCCCCCUGUUCACAGGUGAAACAGUGUCGCUUGUGGACGUGGACAUUUCUCAGAGGGGCCUGACCUCUCCACACCCUCCAACUCCCCCUCCUCCUCCAAGAAGAAGCCUCAGCCUCCUAGAUGACAUCAGCGGGACGCUGCCUACAUCUGUCCUUGUGGCUCCGCUGGGGUCUUCCUUGCAGUCUUUCCCCCUUCCUCCACCUCCUCCACCCCACGCCCCAGAUGCAUUUCCCCGGAUCGCUCCCAUCAGAGCAGCUGAGUCCCUGCACAGCCAGCCCCCUCAGCACCUCCAGUGUCCCCUCUACCGGCCUGACUCAAGCAGCUUUGCAGCUAGCCUUCGAGAGUUGGAAAAGUGUGGUUGGUAUUGGGGGCCAAUGAAUUGGGAAGAUGCAGAGAUGAAGCUGAAAGGGAAGCCAGAUGGUUCUUUCCUGGUACGAGAUAGCUCUGAUCCUCGUUACAUCCUGAGCCUCAGUUUCCGAUCACAGGGUAUCACCCACCACACUAGAAUGGAGCACUACAGAGGAACCUUCAGCCUGUGGUGCCAUCCCAAAUUUGAGGAUCGCUGUCAAUCAGUGGUAGAAUUUAUUAAGAGAGCCAUCAUGCACUCCAAGAAUGGAAAGUUCCUGUAUUUCUUGAGAUCCAGGGUUCCAGGACUGCCACCAACUCCAGUCCAGCUGCUUUAUCCAGUGUCCCGAUUCAGCAAUGUCAAAUCCCUCCAGCACCUUUGCAGAUUCCGGAUCCGGCAGCUUGUCCGAAUAGAUCAUAUCCCGGAUCUUCCACUGCCUAAACCUCUGAUCUCUUAUAUCCGAAAGUUCUACUACUAUGAUCCUCAGGAAGAGGUGUACCUAUCUCUAAAGGAAGCGCAGCUCAUUUCAAAACAGAAGCAAGAGGUGGAGCCCUCCACGUAGCUUGGGGCCCCUGCUGUUCCCCACAAAGGGCAUUUGGUUGCCAAGCUCCAAUGUGAAGAAACCAAAUGAAGCUAUCAUGAAAAGAAGACUUGGCAAAAAAGAAGGAAUUGAAACAGUUGCAAUUCUUGGAACAGACUUGGUUCCUCUACAGCCCUGGGUUGGAAGAAGCACACAACCAUACUGGGAGUGGGGUCCACCUUUUAUACCCACCUCUGUGGUACCCCAACUAGAUGAGCUCCUUGGAAAACUGGAAGAAGUCUCAACACUGUUUCUUUUCAGAAGUUUUGUUUUUGAUGUUUGCAUUUCUCAGUAUGGAAAACUCACCUUGAAGACAGCUGGGGUUUAUACCAGUCAGGUUGGAAGUGGUGCAAAGGGUCAAAAGGUCCAAAGAAAGGCGGGGGCGCAAGGGCCCGUUGUUCAGCUGGUGCUGAAUUGGGCGUCUUGGGUGUGGACCUUGAGGAAGAGUGGAGGGGCCAGAGCCGUGUUCCUGAGGGAGGAGAACUGUUCCUGCUGUGCUGCUUGUUAGCACCAGUAGAAGCAGGGUAGAAGGAGAGGGCCGUGGUCAGCAGAGAAGACUGUUGGGCAGAACCUAGCAAAUCCAUUUUGCUGGGGAGACUAGUGACUCUCUAUUCUUUCCUUUUAAGGUUUACAACCCUGACUUCAGAAUCACCUCUCAUGGAAGCUGUAUUCAUUUUGUUUUACUGGAUUCCUUACGCUCUUGACCCGAGGUUAAUCUUGGUCCUCCUCCAACGUUAUCUUCUUUCCCUCUUGGUUACUGUACAUUUCACUCGGGUCAUGACAACAACAUCUCUUCGAUUGCUUCUGCAAACUGUCAAGGUAGCAGUGUUUCUUACCACUUGAGCAGUUCAGAGCUCCAAUCCUGGGCUGCUGAGGUUAAUGGAGCAUGCUUUCAAAUUCUUCAUGGCAAACCAUACCCAUUGGCUGAGGAGUAUUGCCUCUGUCUAUCAGCUAGUGAGGAAAUGUGGAGGGAGGUGCGAAACAGCUAUCGUGCUCUUGGCUGGAGGAAGCCUUCAGGAUUUCAGGAGUGCAGAGGAAGAGUUUUGCAUCUCAUGAUCACAGCUUUAUUCUGGGAUGGGGGUGGGGGAGCAAGGACGUGCUCGUUUUCCUGUGUUCAUUCCAGCUACCACAUGUUCCUGGGUCAGACUCCAUUGCCCUCCUGUUAGUGUGAAGUCUUUCAGAUGCUGGCUUGAGCGUUGCCCAGCUUCCAGGUGGACAUGGAAGAGGAGAAAACCUCGGUGCUUUUCAGUGGUCUUUAAUUGUAUCUGCAGCUGACCUCGGCUAGUAUAUGACAUUGUGAGCUCUUCUUCCCCAUAGUUACUCUGGGGAGAAGUUUGCUGUCAGGAUGUGACAGUUGAGUUGUUGGGUCUUAUUUUUCUGUACUGUUCCAUGUCUUUUGGUUUCUCUCUGCUUGUAUCUGCCUCAGAUCACAAGAUAAAUAACAUUGUUAGGCUUGUGGUUUCCUGAUGGUUUGGGGUAAGGACCUGUGGCCUGGUCACUUACAAGGCUGUCUUAUCUGAAAACACCGGUUUCAUUGCCAGUCCUCCUCCUUAUAGCUGAAAAUGUGUGUCACCCACCGCUGCCUGUAAAGAAGUCACCCACACAAUGAGCUCUGUACAUCUGUCCCACCUCUGGUAUGUCUUGUGGUACCUCUCUCAUGAUCCAAGUGUUGGCUUAAUCUGCGAGUCUUCCUCUGGAAGGUGUGGGUCACUUGGCAUCUUACAGAAAGUGCCAUCCUGCGAUGGAUCCCAAAGUCUGGAGUCAUUGUGGUCUCAGACAAGUGAGUAGUGCAUGACUCCCCAGGGUUCUCUCCCUCGGGCAGUGAUCCACAAUUUUAAACGUCGUUUGUAGUGUGCAUUCGCAUGGCUCUGGACUAGAUAAGAAAGACAUCCAUGUGAGGUAGAAUACCUGAUCCUUAGCCUAAGGGAGCUGUCACAAAUGAGGUAAUUAGAAAACAACUCAUUCUAGUGGAGGAUCAAGAACUGCCUUUAAAGAUAUUUAGAGUGGGCGUCCCUGGGGAAGACCAGAUGGUCUGGGAGAGCUCUGUGGUGAUGAGGCUUCAGGUUGUAGGCGGGGAGAGAAGCGCACAGCAGAAGCAGGGAAGCAGAAGUCUGCGCGGCCUGUGCUAGGUCGCUGCCCGGUCCUCUCAGAGCGGCAGCAGCGCAAAUCCUGCUUCACUGCAGAGCCCCGGACAGACCUGGUCGCUGGGCAGGUUAAAAGACCAAGGAGAGAGAUGAGGGGGAGGUAGAGGCCAAAACUAGAAGUCAGCAGGCAGCCCCUUGUGAUACUUGGGUUUCCAUUGAAGAAUAUAUACUCUCAGGUGUGAAACCAAACCUGCUGCAGAGGCGUGACGACCUCACCCCCUCUGUCCUCCUUGGGAGGAGUUUCUCUGUGCUUGUGAUCUGUAUGUAUUCUUAUCACAGCCGUCUCCCCUAACCCUUCCUCAGCAGAAUGGGCUGUUAACAUUAUCACAGAAGAUAUCUCUGCCAGGCAUGGGUUGGCACCACUGGAUGGCCUUGGGUAGAGCACGUUGAGUGAGGGGUGGAGAAGAGGGUGCUGGGGCAUUUUAUUUUAGUGAUGGCUGGUUGGAGAGUGACCAGGGUGGAGGAGCAGGAGCAAGGCUCGUGGUCAGCAGUGGCCUUCACCUCUCACCUCCGCUUGGCCGUGCUGGUAGAAACGCAGUCCACAGAUGGGCUUAUUUGUCUCUGGUUGUAGUGUGCUAAGUCACAGACGGGGAGAGAGACUCACUUCUAGAGACCUGCUGUUUCUGAGUUGUGCUUGGAAGCUAUCAGUACUGGUUUAAGACUGGUGUACUGUAACUUUCCUUAGGGAAAGGUAGACACCAGUGCAAGCUAGUGACAAUUACUGCUGCACCCUGCUGUUACUUGAAAUAUGUGUCUGUGUUAGGAGCAUAGGUAUAGGAGGGUGGAGGCUUUGAUGUGGGGACUAGGUAAGUGGGUGUCAUCCCUUCAGGUUUAGACUGACCUUGGCCAGGUCUCCUACCUGUGCCAGGAAGUAGUAAAUGUGGAUAAUGGUGUCAGCCUCUGAGAAGAAAGGCCUGACAGUGGCCCCUUCGUUCCUGCUUCUUCCUUUCUUUGCUACUUUCCACCUGGGCUGAUUGUGUAAGCCCUUCUUUGAGGCUAGGAGUGAUGGGGUGUCCCCUCCAGUACGCAUUGUGAAAGGACUGGGGAAUAGGUCAGUCCCCAGAUCCAUGUGUGAGAGAUGGAGCUGAAAGUGCCCGGGAAGCCAGCUCCGGCAGCCCUCUCACGCCGCCAGAAGCCCCUGUCCCAGCAGGAAGUAGGGACAGAAGGAGGAACUUUUCCCCAGGUGAGGUCCUUUCCCUUUCUUGCUGCCUGUCCCUGAACUUUGAGCCCAGAAGCUGGAGAGCCAGGCACUGGGAUGUGACUCUGGCUUCUGGAAGGAAGUCUGCAAGUCUGUGUGAGUGUGUUUUGUGUGUGAGUAUGUGUCUUCAUUUACAGAAGUCUUGCCUCCAGUUGUGGUGUUGAGAACAUCUCUACUGGCAGGGAUUAGGAUAUGUUUUCCACGGUUAAGAGAAUGGCAUGCUCCCUGUGUGUAGGGGAAAAGCUUUUGAGUUCAACAUUUUCCCUAUGGGAAUCCUCUUGGUUUGGUGUGUGGGAAAGUGAGGAAUGGAUAAGUGGUUUUUAUCUCUAGUCGUCAGUACAGCUGUCCUUACACUGAAUUUGUGCUAUUGCAUACAUGUAGCCAUCUUUCUUUUCACUGCAGCAGUGUUUAUCAGUAGUUCAAGAGAUUUAUUUGCUCCUGGGGAGUAAAACCUUUUUUAUUAAAAAAAAAAA